CUUUGCUUCUUUCCUGUAACAUCCAGCCCACCAAUUUUUGCACAUAUAUACAAAGCCCUAAGGCUCAACUUUCAUGUAGUCAAUUAAUAACAAGUAUUACCUAUCAAGAAAAAAAAUCAAGAACAAUAAUGGAGGGAAAGGGAAUUGAUGAGCGUCAAAUGAAGGGAACAGAGGACAAGGAGACGUCCUCACAACAUGGAUCUGGAUUCCACAAAAAUUCAGAUGAACUCAUAACCAUAUGUGGUGUUGAAGAGGGUGGAAAUACUCUCGAAUCCAUGGCGAAUGGGGGUUUGAACCAGGGCGCGCACCCGCCCUUCAACGUCAACCCUCCACAGGAGGGUUGCCCCCAGGCUAACACUAUUGAUCAGCUCGCCAAUCUGAAUGAUGGUGAGUUACUUUCUCAAGUAUUUGGGGGGCGACAGAAUGGAAGCAGCUUUGAUCAAAUAGCUGCAGAAGGGAUUGAAUGGUGGAGGAAACGGAUGGACAAGAUGAGCCAAGAAGAGUUCCAGCAAUUUUACGCUGCGCUGGGGAUUCUUCGGGGAAGGGUGCAGACUCACCUGCAACAACGGAUCAGAAUUAGAGACUCUAAUUCUGGGGAAACAAGCACCUCUAGCUCUAGUACCAGUACUAAUGGUAGAGCUCGACGCAGGUGACGUUGAUUAUAUUUUUCUUUUGGCAUGUUAAAUGAGAUAUUGUAAUUUUUCUUCUUUCUAGUGAUUAAAAGCUUGUAAUUUUUCUAUUAGAGAUGAAAAAAUCAAAAAGAUAUUUUUUU